AUGACACCGCCCCCGCCACUUCCGCCACGAAGCCAGAGGUCCCUCCCCGACGCCGGAAGUCCCGUGGCCCUGCUUCCGCGCCGACCUCCCCCAACCCGGCGCGGAGAAGAGGAGCUGCUUCCGGCCCCGGUUGGUCGCCGGCUGGGCUCGCGGAGCGCAGCGGAUCGCAGUCUCGGGAGCGUCUUUCCCCCGGACGUUGGCGCGGGUAACUCGGGCCGCGGCCGCGCCAGAAGAGUGCCGGUCCGGGCGCGAGGCUCGUGCGGGGCCAUGAACGGGACCGUGAACCCGCUGCUGGAUCGCGAGGAGCACUGCUUGCGGCUCGGAGAGAGCUUCGAGAAGCGGCCGCGGGCCUCUUUCCACACCAUUCGCUAUGACUUUAAGCCAGCAUCUAUAGAUACUUCUUGUGAAGGAGAGCUUCAGGUUGGCAAAGGAGAUGAAGUCACAAUUACACUGCCACAUAUCCCUGGAUCUACACCACCAAUGACUGUGUUCAAGGGGAACAAACGGCCUUAUCAGAAAGACUGUGUGCUUAUCAUUAAUCAUGACACUGGUGAAUAUGUGCUGGAGAAACUCAGUAGCAGCAUUCAGGUCAAGAAAACAAGAGCCGAGGGGAGCAGUAAAAUCCAAGCUCGCAUGGAACAGCAGCCCACUCGUCCCCCACAGCCACCGCAGCCACCACCACCUCCACCACCUAUGCCAUUCAGAGCUCCGACAAAGCCUCCAGUAGGACCCAAAACUUCACCCUUGAAAGAUAACCCCUCACCUGAACCCCAGCUGGAUGACAUCAAAAGAGAGCUGAGGGCCGAAGUUGACAUUAUUGAACAGAUGAGCAGCAGCAGCGGGAGCAGUUCCUCAGACUCGGAGAGCUCGUCAGGAAGUGAUGACGACAGCUCCAGCAGUGGGGGUGAGGACAAUGGCCCGGCGUCCCCCCUGCAGCCUGCACAUCAGCAGCCCUACAGUAUCAGGCCAGCCGUUGCCAAUGGAACCAGCCGGCCACAAGGCAGCAGCCAGCUCAUGAACACGCUCAGAAAUGACUUGCAGUUGAGUGAGUCUGGCAGUGACAGUGAUGACUAGACGCGGCUCUUUCGAAAUCAGCUUCUCGUGCACAGAAGUGCUGCUGGACCCGGCUGCGCUCGCACAGAGCCCCGUGCUGUGAGGGACACACUGUGGAUCAGUGACUGUGUAGGAGUUUGAGGCUCUGGAGGUCUCAGAUAUUCAAGUCUUUAACUUAGUGGUGGUGGGUGAUUUUCUCGUAUAAUUUCCGAACAAUCUCCUGUUGCAAAGUAGAACUGUGGAAGAACUAACAGAAUUAUAUUUCUAUUUGAUUAACACUGUUCAUGGACAACAGA